GUGACUUAUAGGUUAUACAUCAAUUUUAGUUUUAUAUUGCAGUAAAGUAUAGCAAAAUAAAAGAAUUCUAGGCGCUCCGUAUUGCAACAAUAAUAAUCUUCACAGAUUUCGCGAUGCAUAUGGUAAUGUUCCAUUGACCGAUUUUCUUAACUAGCCUCUAGCAAAUACUUAUUAUGUAUCUAACGUUUAUAUUAAUAUGUACUGUCGUUGUCAAGUGACACAAACAUCCGUUGUUCGUGAUAAAUUAUAAAAUCAACAACAACAUAAAUUCGUGAUCAGCCGAUAUUAUAUUAUCAUAGGUACACUAUCAUGGCCAGUGCUACCAAAAUCCAAUUGGUGAUGGACAUCAUUGACGGCGCGUUAUACGACAAAUCCAAUCCGUGGAACGGGGCAUUUGGACGGGUGGAAGUUCUGACCGGCCUGUCCAGGUUGAAGGUGCUGAUGUGCGUCGUCCUGCUGACUUCGGUGCUGCUCGUGUACGGGACCAGCGCGGAAGUGGUCAGCAACGCGAUCGGACUCGUUUACCCUGCGGUGGCGACGAUAUCGCUGACCGUCUCGCCCCCGAUAUGGCGGAAGUACGACCGCGUGUCCGCUGCCACCGAGGCCUUGAACGAGAAGUUCACGUACUGGAUGACGUUCACGGCGAUCCUGAUCCUGGAGUCGCUCUGCCGACCGGUCCUGCGGCUCUUACCGCUGUACCAAAUGUGCAGGACGUGGUUUUUCAUCUGGUGUUUCGCGCCCAUCCGGGACAACGGCUCGGCGUACAUAUAUGAUGCAAUCAUAAGGCCGCAGUUCGAGCACAGUGUCGAUUCGGACUGACCGUAUAAUAUAUUAUGGACAGAAGGAAGUACCAGCCAUAUGAUUGAGAAGUUAAGUCGUGUGUUAUAGCAUCUUUUGUUUUAUAAUUGGUACCUAUAUCGUCAACUCAACGGCCGUCGUCCUGGAACGACACUGCAGUUGUUCCGGAUCGGCGUGAAACACCAAAUAAAAUAACACGUCCUGCAGCGCCGUUGACGAUGUCCGUCAUCGAUAAAUUGACUUUUGUCGAUACAUACCAUGAUGAUACCUAUAUACAUUAUAAUUUUGACUGAUCUUGGAUUAUUGUUGCUAAUAAGCGCGCAACCAUAUUAUAUUAUUACUAUAUAAUAGUCCCUACCUAUAUAUAAUAUUAUAAAUAUUAUUAUGACGAAUGUAUGUGUAAGAUUUCACGAUAUUUGAUAUGAAAAAAAUGUAUGUUUUUUUAAAAAUUUUUUUCAUAUCAAAUAUCUGCAGGACGUGCUAUUUUAUUUGGUGUUUCACGCCGAUCCGGAACAACUGCAGUGUCGUUCCAGGACGACGGCCGUUGAGUUGACGAUAUAGGUACCAAUUAUAAAACAAACUGUGCUAUAAUACACGACUAAACUUCUCAAUCAUAAUAUACGCCUAACUAUACGUCUUCAUUUCUACCGAAAAAAAUGUAUGUCUUAAAAAAUAAAUGUUAAAUUCAACAUGAAGUGUACACGAAUUCAGCGUCAAUGAGUGUAAUUUUUCAAUAUUAUAUAGGUACUAGAUGUAAUAACCGAUACAACCAGGUUUAAAAUUAAUCCAUGUGUUAUCGAUUUCCGUUUUUCCGUUAUAUAAUACACUAUAUUUGAAAACCCGUUAAAACAGGAUCAUGUUCCUAUGUCUUUUCCGGGAAAACGGGAAAAACAGACAAAUAAACAGCCAAAUAUUAUAUCCACGCCUGUUUCAUGCUGCAUAUUGCAUUUAAUCGUGAGUUUGAAGCAUAUACGUUUUGUAUACUUUGCAUUUGCGAGUGUGAUACAGGCAGCACAAUAUUAUUAUAAAUUAUUGACCGUGAGAAAAGUGAUGUUUUCACUAUAAAUUUUAAUAUUAAAAACAUUCACCCACAAUAUACUAUACUACUAUUGUAGAGUCUUGAUGGAAAAUACGUUGGAAAAUUUGUUAUUCAUACCUAUUAUAAACACCUUCAUAUACAUAAGCACCUUAAUUUGAAUUAAGUAUUGUUUAUAAAGAAUCGGUUUACUUUU